UGGAUCAAGUCAAGUGAGAGACAAAGUGACAAGGGACUGCCAGCCAACUCUCUGAGUUCUGGUGUAAAGUUGAGAGAGUUCGCUUAGCUAGUUAGUUUAACAGAGAACAAGUUUAACAGAGGCUUCUAGAGUUAGUGGAUUAUAGUCCGAGUCAAAAACUAUUGUGCUACUUUUUUUUUUUUUGUUCAACAUCCAGACAACCAUGGAGAGCAGAUUACCCUGUCGGAGAUCUCUCUGGGGAAACACGUCCACAUUUUGGUUUUGCUCGGUUUUGUUUUACGCAGGCCUAGCUGGAGGUAAAGGCGAGAUGUCCCACGCCCACUCCACACUGAGUGUUUCACCCCCCCACCUGUACUACACCUGCCCAGAGGGUGCAACUGUCAAACUGGUGUGUAACCAGAGAGGUGCCCCGUUGUACCACAAUGACAUCUUGAAGACUACCUGGCUUUUCACACCCUACAGUGAUCAGCACUGUCGGGGACAUAUGGGCCCACGCCAUACUACCAUUGGCCAUGGCAACCACAGCGUGCCGCCAGGGUUGCAUUUCGGAACAGCAGAGCACAACUUCUGGAUGGUUCUGGAGAAUGUGACCCCCACUGACCAGGGUCGCUACUGCUGUAUGGUCCUAGACAUCCAGCAGGGACAUAAACACCCCUCCGGCGUGCAGAAAUACCACAGCCAUGUUAUUCUUCAUGUUACACCAUGGAGAAAUGGCUCUCCAAACUGCACUGUCUGGGAUCCCACGCCACCUGGAGGCUCUGUGCCAGUGGCCUUGGCCAUCGCAGCCUGCAUCUUGGCUCUGCUUUCUCUGCCUCUUAUUCUGGUACUUGUGUACAAACAGAGGCAGAAUGCCCAGUCGAGCAGACGUGCACAAGAGCUGGUGAGGAUGGACAGCGAGUCUCUUGGCCAUGAGAACCCUGUGUUUCUCGGAGGAUCACCGAAGUUUAAGACCCGAACCGUUUCUCAGAUCAUGACCAGGCAGUCCUCAGAGACAGGACGCCACCUGUUGUCUGAGCCAGGAACCCCCUUUUCUCCUCCUGCACAUGGGGAUGUAUUCUUCCCAACAGAAGACAUCAUCCUUGAGUCCCCAGACAUCCUGCAGGUUUAAAGUGGGUUGGGACUUCAUUCAUCGCUCUAACUGCUGACCUGGAAACAGUCCUGCAACUCUCUUCCUCCUCUUUCUGUCUCCAGAGCGAUGUUGACCUUAUCAGCUGUCUCACAAUAACCUCUGCUGGGAUUGUCGUCUGUAGGUUGUCUGGACCGCAGGAGGGAACGGACAGCGUUUUUUUUAUUCAAAAACUAUUUCCACCUGCAACAACAGCUGGGGGCCAAAGGAAAACUUUUGCUUGUGCACACUUGUGUUGUGGCUGGGGCUGGGUUUAUGUGUGAUGUUCCAUCUACACGCUGCUGAUAAUCACUCGUGGACCAACAGCUGCCUGCUGCUAGCGAAGAAUCCAGUGUUGAGGGUGGGGGUCCCGCCAUAUAUGCAGGGGUGGCACGUUAACUGUAACUUGCUUGGUGCAGUUCAGACAAACUGUGGUGGAUUUAUUUGCUUGGUUUGGUUCAGUUAAGCCGGUGUGUAAUUCAAACCCUUUUGCGGACCAGAGAACUGCGCUCUAACUGGUGCGGCUCGUUUGUGGUGUGAACUCAAUGCAGACCAACCUCGGGAUUAUGCGAUAGAAAAUGUAUGACAGUGAGUUUGAACUUUAAACUUUUGAAACAAUCCAUUUGCUGGUUGUUGGAACUGUCAUAGAAACAAUCCCCCAUAUCAUGACACAAGAUCAUUUGGUAGCCAUGGUAGCAUGGUAUGCCCGUCAGCGCAGGGAUAUUACGUCACACAUCAGAUGGUGAAGAAAAAAAAAAGAACAAGUGUGUGUUGCUUGCGUCCUACAUAGCAACAAGCUGUCACAGUGAUACAUAUUUUAUAAUUUCUUUAAACUGAACCACAGGUGUGAAAGCAACCGAAGGCUCUCUCUCGUCCCUCUCAUUGUAAUAAAGUGCUCAAAUAGCAUUAUACCAAAGUAGUGUCAAUAUUCUUGUACAAGUUGAGAGUAGUUUUUUUUAUGGCAUUACACUGUUCCUCGGUAUCAAUUCCACAUGGCCUCAGCUUCAUUUCUCUUACUGCUUGUUACCUCAGUUACUGUCAGCCCUGCUGCUUCAAAUACGCUCCUUCCUUCCUCUACUCAGAACGCAGCACUAGUGGCCUGAAAUAUGUUCAAAUAUUUUAAAGUAUGUAGAAGAAAAAAAAAACUGUUGCUUAUUUCUGAUAAGUUGUUCAUUAAUGUCAUUCAUGCUCAUGUGCAGUUAAAUAAUUAAAUAAUGUUUAUUGUUUUACUCUUGAAUGUAUCCUAACGGAUUCUUAAUUAGAAAACAGCAUCAUAAAACUGGCAACAGUUAUAUCACUUCCACCUCAACACUGUUAUUUUUCAUCCUUUUUGUUCUGUUUUCAUGUGUCGUGAUUUAAUUGAUAAGAUGUGUAUAUCAGUGGUCAUUCCUAUUUGUUUAAGCGGGCAAUGGGCUGUUAAGUAAAAAAAUAUUUAGCAUAUGUGUGGAGGAAUGGCAUUGAAAUGUUAAAACAAAUCGAGAAAAUGAGAAGUGAUUGCAAAUUAUUGUAAUUUUGCUUUUAUUUGGUUGUGAGUGAUUGUGAGAAACCACUGGUGAUUUUGUCAUAUUGACGUAAAAUGUGUAUAGCAGGUGCUUAGUGGAAAUCAUCUCCAAAUGAUGUGUAGCAGGUGUACAGAACAGGGUAUUUUGUUUGUAUGUUUUUUUUCUUCUUAAUUAGAUAUGUAACUAAACUAAGGUCUUAUGGUUGAGUAUUUGUGUUUUAAGUGUGCGUGCGUGCGUGCGUGUGUGCGUGGUUACAGUUUCAAGAUUAACUUUGUGGUCUGGUUUAAAUGUGUGUGUGUGUGCAUUCUUGUAUGUAAUUCUGCAUCUGUAUGUAUGUGACUGUGUGUUUUAUACUGUACAAAGCUUGUACUAGACACAGACCUGGAGCUGUCAUGCAAAAGCAUGUUUGGUCUGCAUAUUGCAUUUAAAUUGUCUUGGUUGUAGCUUGUAUAAUAAAGUGGAACUCUUAAACCUUAAA